AUGGCCUGGACGUGGGCCUAUCCCGCAAACCGGCUGGUGAAAGGGCAGUCCUUCCAGGUUUACUGGAACGUGCCCACGUCGCGCUGCAGCUCCCACAGAGGCGUCGACCUGCACUUGGACGACUUUGGUAUUGUAACCAAUAGAAAUGAGAUGUUUAUUGGAAAGAAAAUCACGAUAUUUUAUUCUGCGCGGUUGGGAAUUUAUCCAACUUUUCAUAGUGGGGAUCCCGAAAAUGGGGGGCUCCCCCAGAACAUGAGCCUGAAGGACCACCUGCGUCAGGCCAGGGUAGACAUCGACAACUUUUUAGCCAAGGACUACCAGGGGUUGGCGGUGAUAGACUGGGAGGAUUAGCGCCCCCUGUACGCAAGGAACUGGGGCUCCAAGAAAGUCUACCAGACAAAAUCACAGGAGCUUGUCCGGGGGAGGAACCCCCAAUGGAACCAAACCCAUAUCGAAGCUGAAGCUAAGAAGGAGUUUGACCAGGCCGCUAGAAUCUACAUGAGGUCUUCCCUGAGGCUGGGCCAGUCGAUGCGACCGAAGGCCUACUGGGGAUUCGCACUCUUCCCGGAUUGCUACAACUACCACUACAGGGAUGAGUUCCCCACGUACGACGGCCAAUGCCCAGACAUCGAGAUCAAUCGUAACAAUGAGCUGACGUGGAUGUGGACUCGGAGCUCUGCCCUCUUCCCGUCCGUCUACCUGGAGGAGAAGAUCAAGUCGGAGCGCGGCAAAUCCUAUGCCAGAUACCGGAUACGGGAGGCCGUGCGCGUGACUUUGAAACAUAGAAACAUAUAA